AUGCAGGCACAAUUCGAGGAACAGCAGCGGGUGUAUCAGAAGCUACUAGAAGAAAAGGAUCGCGAACUGCAGUCCGUGGUUACAGAGCUCAGUACUAAGUUCCAGCGCCGUAUGGAAGCCAGAGAGCAGGAAAUACGAGACGAGUUCAGUAUUCGCGCCACUCUACCGGUAGCAAAUUCGACAACGGUAGGAGGAAUAAGUAACCGCUCAUCGAAUGAGAUUCAAAGAGUGAUGGCGAAUAUGGAAAGGCAACUUUCGGAAAUGUCGAAGAAGCAGGAUCAGCAGACGAGGACGUUAGAGGAGCGAAUCCGGGCGAUGGAAAUCAACAGAAGUGAACCAAAUCUACCCGUUUUCGAACCCAAUGAACUAAGCCGAAGUCAGCUGGCUGCGCGACACGCAGUGACAAAGGAGCUGCCUACAUUCUCGGGCAAUCCGGAAGAGUGGCCGCUUUUCAUUUCGACGUAUGAGAGCACCACUAGGAUGUGUGGCUUCAGUGAUGAGGAAAAUUUACUUCGCCUUCAGCGCAGCUUGAAGGGGAGAGCUCUCGAGACCGUCCGAAGCAGGUUGCUGUAUCCAGCGGGACUUGAAGGUGUUAUCAAAACGUUGCGAACGUUGUACGGUCGGCCAGAAGUUAUCGUCCACUCGCUAGUUUGCAAGAUUCGGGAAAUGUCAGCGCCGAAGACAGAGAAGUUAGGAACUCUGAUCGAUUUUGGUGUCGCAGUCCAGAACAUGUGUGCAACGAUCGUAGCCUGUGGAUUGAACGAGCAUCUUUACAACGUGGCACUUCUUCAAGAACUUGUCGAGAGACUGCCACCUACCGUGAAGCUGGACUGGGCCAAAUAUCGUCAAACAUUAAGGGCGGUUACUUUGGAGGACUUCAGCAAAUGGCUUGAAACGCUCGUGGAAGCAGCCUGUAUAGUAACGAUUCCGUCAACGGUCAGCGUGUAUGCCGGCAAAUCUGAGAGACGCGUACGGAAGGAGGAAGUUCACGUUCACCUCCAAUCCGGUUCCAGUCAGGUAGCAACAGAGUCGUCGAGCUCUACAGCGUUUCCCAAAAAUGGGUCGAAGUCAGCAGCGACGAAGCAAUGUGUGGUGUGCCAAGGAGGGUGUAGCAGUGUGGGAUUCUGUAGUAAAUUCCAAAGAUUGGAUGUCGGAGCAAGAUGGACAGCGCUGAAGCAGAACAAGUUGUGUCGAAAGUGCCUGGCGAAGCAUUUCGGAGCGUGUGCGGUUAAGCAAGCUUGCGGGAGAAACGGCUGCCCGUAUAUGCAUCACGAGCUACUACAUGACGAUACCCGAUACCGGCGAGCGGAGAUUAUCCUUCAUGGACGAGGCAAGUUCGUUCGCACUUUCGCAUUCUUGGACGAAGGCUCGUCGGCGACGUUGAUGGAACACAGUUUGUUGGACGAAUUAAGUCUUGAAGGCGAGUCGUUCCCCUUGUGUCUCGGCUGGACGGGAGAUCAUCAACGUCAGGAGAUGAAAUCCAUAAUGCUAGCGCUGGAGAUUUCUGGAACGCGCGAUGCGGAGAUGUACCGGAUGUCGAAAGUUCACACAGUGGAGAGCCUUUCUCUACCACGGCAGACAUUGAGGAUGGAGGAGCUAGCAUCAGCCUAUCGGCACUUGGAAGGCGCGCCAACCGAUUCCUAUCGAAAUGUUCAGCCACGAAUACUCAUCGGCAUGGACAACUGCCGCUUGGGUCACGCGUUGGAUAGCAGAGAAGGAGGAAAGGAAGAACCGAUCGCCACCAGAACUCGUCUAGGGUGGAUAGUGUUCGGACCAUGCUCAAAGACAUCUCAUCCAACGACGAACUUCACUGCGCACCACAGCCUUCACGUGUGCCCAUGCUGUGAGCGAAGCGACGUAGAUCUUCAUAAUAUAGUGAAGGCGUAUAUGUCUCUGGACAGCACCGGGGUAACGAGUCCCGUCAAGCCGUUGUUAUCGAAAGACGACGAGCGAGCGGAACAGUUACUGAAAUCAUUGACGCAUGUGAAAGGAAAACGGAUAGAAACCGGUCUGCUCUGGCGAUGUGACGAUGUUCGACUGCCUGACAGCAAACCAAUGGCAAUGAAGCGACUAAUCUGCUUGGAGAAGCGUCUGCAGCGAGAUCCUGUGUUGGCUGAGGCGGUGAAGGAGAAGAUUCGGAACCACGAACGAGCCGGCUACAUCGAAAAACUGACGGCAAGCCAACUAGCCGAGAAAUUCGAACGGGUUUGGUAUCUCCCAAUUUUUCCGGUGGUCAACCCUAACAAACCAAACAAGAUGCGCUUAGUGUGGGACGCAGCCGCUAAAGUCUUGGGAGUCAGCCUGAAUUCAUUUCUACUGACAGGGCCGGAUCAAGUAACCUCCUUGGUAUCUGUGCUACAGCGCUUUCGAGAGUUUCGCGUUGCCAUCACGGGCGAUAUUCGAGAAAUGUUUCUCCAGAUCUUGAUGAACCGGCGCGAUCAACAAUGUUUAAGGUUCCUAUGGCGAAACGGUGAACAAGACCGCAACCCAGACGUUUACGUUACGAGAGUAAUGACAUUCGGAGCGACAUGCUCGCCCAGCAGCGCGCAGUAUGUUAAGAACUACAAUGCGCAGCGGUUCCAAGACCAAUUCCCGAGGGCAGCAGAGGCGAUAAUGAAGGAGCAUUAUGUCGACGACAUGCUCUCAAGCGUAGAGACGGAAGAGGAAGCGAUACAGUUGGCGAAAGAUGUGCGACACGUUCAUUCGGAAGCAGGUUUCGAGAUCCGGAACUGGCUGUCGAAUUCGAGUCAAGUGCUGCUGGAGUUGAAGGCGAGUCCCGGUGAGAAAAGUUUGAACCUUUCGAGCGAGAUGGCGACGGAGAAAGUUCUCGGCUUAUGGUGGUGUACAGCGACCGAUACGUUCACCUUCAAGUUAUCGCCGAGGAUCAACGGUGAAAUGCUGCGAGGUGACAUCGUCCCAACGAAAAGGCAAAUCCUCAGCACGCUUAUGACGAUCUACGAUCCCCUGGGAUUAAUGGCGCAUUUCCUAAUGUUCCUGAAGAUACUGCUGCAGGAAAUUUGGCGGAGUGGUGUAGGCUGGGACGAGUCUGUCAAGAGCGAACAGCUAGUGAAAUGGCAGACAUGGUUACGGGUACUCCCGCAAGUGGAAUCGGUCAGUGUGCCAAGGUGUUACCGACUGAAGACGAGCACGGGAGAGCGGAAUACGAUUCAGCUGCACGUAUUCGUGGAUGCGUCGGAGAACGGCUUCGCUGCUGUCGCCUAUCUGCGGUUCGAAGAAAAUGGAAAAGUGGAAUGUGCACUCGUCCGUGCAAAGACAAGAGUAGCCCCGUUGCGUUUUGUGUCGAUUCCCAGACUAGAACUACAAGCCGCAGUCAUUGGAGCCCGCCUAGCGAACGACGUUAUGGAGACUCACAAGAUAAGGCCCACGCAGAGGGUUUUCUGGACGGAUUCACGCAACGUUCUCUGUUGGUUGAACUCCGAUCACCGAAAGUACCAUCAGUUCGUAGCGGUGUGGAUCAGCGAGAUGCUAGUGUUGACGGAGACGACGGAGUGGAACUGGGUUCCGACGAAGCUGAACGUCGCUGACGACGCCGCGAAAUGGCAGACGCUGCCGGAUCUAUCUCCUACCAGCCGCUGGUUCCGUGGCCCUGAGUUCCUGUGGGGACCGAAAGAAGGAUGGCCUGUCGUUGUGUCUAAGUUCGAACACACUGCAGAGGAGGAACGGUCACAUGUACUGCAUCACUUCGUCGAACGCGCUCUAUUCCGCUGGGAAAACUUCUCUAGAUGGCAGCGACUCCUGCGGCUAGCAGCCUUUGUCCGUCGAUUUCCGUCGAAUUUUCGCCGGAAGCGGUCAAAGAAGCCCCUCGUCACCGGACCCCUAACGCAAGAAGAACUAAAAAACGCGGAGUUAUUCAUCCUAAAGUCGGUACAAGAUACUGAGUUCGCCGAAGAGAAAGCUUUGCUGCAGAAGCCGAUGCCGCGAAAGAUGGACUGCUACGAAUGCAAGGUCGCAUAG